GAACGCGUGGUGCAUUUCUUAAGUCAUGAUUAAUAAUAAAUAAAACGAGUAGCUGUGUAGCUACACUGCUAAACGCUGCCUGGGGUGAGAUUACGUGUACUAUGUAAUAUCGAGUCGGCUCUUCGAAUCGGUUCAUUUAAGUGAACCGGCUCGCACACGCAAGACGAAGUUUGAAGAGUAAAAAUAAUUAUAUGAAACAGACAACGAAGAAUACAUACUUAUAUCAUUAUUUAAAAAAAACUGUCUUAGAGGGUGAACAAACGGAAAUGGAAAUCAGCCGUUUGGGAGUCGACUCACAUUAAUGAUCCGAGUCGCUCUGGGAAGCUCUUGCGCGUAGGCGUGCGUUAGGAUCCUACAUUUCCCAUGAUGCUCGCGGUCACGUGAUGGAGCGAGCGUGCGUAAGGACGGAGGGGGGAAAUAGGCGUGACUUCCGCGUUUCUUUUUACCUCCCCCAUGUUUUAUUUUCUAUUUAUUUAUUUCAUUUUUUUAAAGGCAGAAAUGGAGGGUGAUGGCGUCUUGUGUGUCAUCGAGCGCACACAGUGGGACGGGAUGAUGUAGGGAUAUAACAUUCAGACCGGAAUAUAAUAAAUGAAGGCGAGAGUGAGGGACGGAAAAAGAAAAGGAGACGGAGAUUUACACAAUAGAGAAAUGAGCAGAACAAUAGACACGCUCAUCUGCGCACUGCUUUCAUUUUAAAGCGGAUUUUUCCCCUGAUUUUUUUUUGUUGUUGUUGACGAAUCCGAAUUGAAUACCUUGUUGGGAAGGAGUGUUUUUUUUCUCCCAAGGGUGUUAAAUUAAGGCUGGGCUCGAGGAGAGCGAGAGAGAGAGAGAGAGCGAGCGAGAGAGAGAGAGAGAGAGAGAGAGAGAGCGAGCGACAUUCACAGAUGAUUAUUUAAAGAGAAUAGUUGUUUUUCAUCUUUGCAGUUAUUAUUUACACCCAGUGCAAAACCUGCACACACUCCAGCUGCACGCGCCUGCUCAGUUUUAUUUAUUUAAUAUUAUUAUUAUUAAUAUUAUUCAUAUUAAUAGUGAGAGAGAGAGUGUGUGUGUGUGUGUGUGUGUGCAGGAACACAUGUAAAGCGAGCGAGUGAGAGGGGACGAGAAAAAGGGAAGGCUAGAAAAAAAAAGGAGAAAGAAACAAGGAAGCAAUCCCUCUAUUCCUCUCUCCAUCUGAGCGCCUGUGCCCUUUUUGGUGCAGAUAUUAUUAUUAUUAUUAUUAUUAUUAAUAACAAUAUUAUUAAUCAUUUCUGCAAGUGAAUUUAAUAAUUUCUAAUGCGCGCGCCGGGAGUAUGCGACUCGGCGCUAAUCACAGGUGAAAAAUGGCAUUAACAUUGAAUGAAAGGGUAGAGAUGGUGCUUCUUGGUAGUUCUCGGUACUCUCAUUGGUUCCUGACUUUUUGGACACAUUGGAUAUAAAAGUUUACACACCCCUCUUAAAAUAGCAGGUUUUUGUGAUUAUAAAAAAUUUAACUAAGAUAAAUCGUCAGAUCUGUUUUUUCCCCCACGUUUAAUGUGAAAUAGCAACCAACAGCAUCCAGGAAACAGAAACCUAGAGAAGGAAAGUGUGUGCUGUCUGGAUGGGAGGGACAUACUGUGUGUGUCGGACUCGGUCUGACGAGGGCGAGUAGUGCUGUCCUCACAGUCCCCUCUGAAAGUAUUGGAACAAGUGUAGAGGUGAUGUCGGGCAGUAAGGCUCUGGGGGGGGCGAGGCGGCGCCGUACCCGUUGCCGGCGCUGUCAGGCCUGUAUGCGCUCCGAGUGUGGAGAGUGUCACUUCUGCAAGGACAUGAAGAAGUUCGGGGGACCGGGACGCAUGAAACAGUCCUGUCUACUGAGACAGUGUACUGCUCCCGUGCUUCCUCACACAGCGGUGUGUUUUGCGUGUGGAGAAGCGGGGAAGGAGGACACUGUGGAGUCUGAGGAGGAGAAGUUCAGUCUCUCUCUGAUGGAGUGUACCAUCUGCAACGAGAUCAUCCACCCCAGCUGCCUUAAGAUGGGUAAAGCGGAAGGCAUCAUUAACGAUGAGAUCCCGAACUGCUGGGAGUGUCCCAAAUGCCACAAGGAGGGGAAAACCAGUAAGGAUGGAGACGGUUUGGGGAAGAGGCGGCUGGAUAACGGCGAGGUGGGCCGGUGGAAGAUCACAGACGAGCCACCGCCCAGCAAAAAGAAACCUCCGUCUGCCGAGGAGACGCGCCAGGACGGGCAGAAACGCAAGAAGGAGAAGGAGCAGUCUCAGGAGAGCGGGCCCAAGAAGAAGAUGAAAGGCGCUCGGGAAAAACAUCUGAAAAAGCAGAAGCAGAAGCCGAACUCUUCCGACUCGGCGGAGACCAACGGGCCAAACUCCUCCUCCGGGGGUCAAGGUUCAGCCGGUGUAGGCUCAGUGGCGCAGCCUCCAUCUUCGACCUCCAACCAGGACCAGCGCUCUCACCACCGCGAGAAACUGGAGCGCUUCAAACGCAUGUGCCAGCUGCUGGAGCGCACCAGAGACUCCUCCUCCUCUUCCUCUUCUUCCUCCAGCUCUGAGUCGGACUCGGAUUCCGAUUCUGACUCGGAUUCGGCGUCUCCGGGUGGCGCUUCCGAACCGUCGUCCCCGGCAACGGCGUACAACUCCCGAGAGAGAGAGCGCGAGAAAGAACGCGAGAAAGAGCGUGAGAAAGAGCGCGAGCGAGAGAGAAACCGGCGUCUGGCUGAACUGGGCUUCAGCGCCAGCGACGACUCUGAAGGCGAGAGGACGGGAAACGAACAGGAACAGGAAGUGACGUCAGAGGAAACUCCACAACAACAACAACAACAACAACAGCAGCAGCAGCAGCAGCAGCAGCGCAGCCGGAAAUCCGAAAACACUCCGAGGGGUCGCAAAUCGGCUGCGGUGACCGAGAUGGAUGAUGAGGACGCAGCCGGCGGCGGGGAGAAAAACAGGAAACCCGGGCUGCUGACUCCGCCUUCUCCGUCAGCCCUUUCUUCCAGUCAGCACCAGGCUUCAAUCGGCCAUUCAGAGGGCGUGUCAAAACGCAGCAACGGACAGGAAGUGUCGCGGAACGGGCGGACUCGCAUGGAGAAAGAGAACGCCAAGGGUAACAGCGGCGGCACUAACGCUAAUCAUCGACACCAGACUAACAAAACGGGCCGAGCCGGGAAAAUGCGGAGCGGAACCAAACAGACGCAGAUGACAGGAAGCGGGACGGCGAACGGAGGAAACGGAGGCGUCCUGCUGUCCAAUCCGGCGUCCCGCAUUGCAGCCCAGCUGACGUUUAUCUCUCCACCUAAAGCGGUGCAGAUGGAGAGGCACCUGGUGCGUCCUCCGCCCGCCUGCCCCGAGCCACACUGCCUCCCGCUGGACAGCGGUGCGUCCCACGUCCUGCCCCGAGACGUCUGGCUCCGGGUGUUCCAGCACCUCAACCAGAAACAGCUGUGCGUCUGCAUGAGGGUGUGCAGGACCUGGAGCCGCUGGUGCUGUGAUAAGAGACUGUGGACUCAGAUUGACCUCAGUCUGUUGGAGUUGAAUGUAUCGGGCUGUCCGUGGUCGUCUGUCUCGGCUCUGUGUCAGACGGUUUGUCCCUGUCUGCGUCUGCUGGAUCUGAGUCGAGUCGAAGACCUGAAAGAUUCACACUUGAGGGAACUGCUGGCCCCGCCCAACUCCGACACACGCACAGGAGAGAGCAGAGGUGGGCGUUUCCAGAAUGUUACUGAGCUGCGAUUGGCCGGUUUGGAGGUGACAGACGCGGCGUCUCGGCUGCUGGUUCGAUACCUGCCUCACCUGACCAAACUGGACCUGAGUCAGUGUGGACAAAUCACAGACCAAACCAUCAACACACUCACAUCCCCUAUAUCCCCUCUGAGAGAGAGUCUCACACACGUCAACCUUGCAGGCUGCGUGAAGGUGACGGAGCAGUGUUUGCCGUUGCUGAAGCGGUGUGUGUCGCUGCAGAGCGUGGACCUGCGCUCGUGUGGGCUCCUCCCCCCCGAGACAGACGACAGACUGCUGCUGAAGAACAGUUAGACCCUCCACCACGCACACUACAGUCUACAGCACGCCGCCAAAUGAGACGCAGCCCACGGACCCAACCAUACGCACUCUGACUGGGAGGGGCGGGGUGGGGGGGUUGUAUCGUCGGGAUUCAGGGGUGGGGUUAGGUGGAGGGAGGGGGACCAAUCACGAAAAACCUUUUUCUUGCUGCAGUUGUUUAUUUGUGAAAAUGGACUUACGGACAAACUAGCAUGUACAUAUUCAGUAUCAGUGGAGUGUGUGUGUGUGUGUGUGUGUGUGUGUGAGAGAGAGGGAGAGUUACUGUAAAAUAAACCAGUUUCUGCUCAGCAGCCCACCCCUCAUCCUCCAGGUCUGUCCCAAAUCCACCGUCCCUUGCUCCCCUCACGCCCUAACGUAUUUGAAACAUUUGCACUACGUAGUGGACGUCGUACACAGAAUGUAUCCAUCACUAGACCGGUUCUUCCAAAAAAACUAACAAAAAAACCCAAAAACAACCAAACGAAAAAAGACGAGCCAGAGUCGCAGACCGACGGUGACAGGGUGGGCUGGUGUGUGUGUGUGUGUGUGUGUGUGUGUGUGUGUGUGUGAGUGAGUGAGUGAGAGAGAUGUAAACAGUGUUAAUGUAUCUAUUUCCGAUCGGGUGACAGCGGCCCAUUUGUUUCCCCUUCGAGUUGAGGACCUCGCUAUCCCAUAAGUCUGAGCCUGAAGGGGCGGGGUUUGUGCAGGGAGGGGGCGUGGCCACUCCUUCUCUUCCUCUUCCUCGCUUUCUCCGCCCUUCUGUCCGUGCCAUUCAUCCUUUCAUCUCUCUUCUCUUUUCUUUCACACCACUUUUCCAGUGCCAUGUUUCAGAGUAAGUGAACUUCGCCUGUGGAUUGGGACGCAGCCGGGAGGAGGGGACACGCGUAGGCACCAAGGGCAGAGCUUUCUCACUCCGUUAACCUUUCUUUUUUAUUUUAUUUUAUUUUUUAACCAGCAUUGCACUGAGAACAAACAAAUGAACAUUUUGUCAGGUGACAGGAUUCAGACUUGCUCACUUCUAAAUAGCUUUUUAAAAAAACAUUUUUUUAAUAUAAAUGUAUAUUGUUGAAACACUUCCAUCUCCCUCCAGUCGAUUUCAUUGAGGCGGGUACUCGAAGCUGCUAUCCCUCUGACCUCCUGUAAGAACUGGGUUCUGGUCGGUCGCGCUCUCUCUGCUGGCGCUGAUUGUGGGGGGGGGGGGGGGAGCAUCCCAAAUCGCAAAAGCUGCUCUGGGGCGUGUUCCAAAUCGUGUUCAGUAUCUUCACUGAGCAAAAAAACGACACAAAUCAUCAUUCAUAAUUCUCCAGGUUUAGCUGCUCAUAUCCUCCUGUUGAUCUUCACUUUGAUUUUAGAGCUGAGGAAGUUUCUGGAAGGAGUGUGUGCUUGGUGUAAACAGGGUCUGAGGGGCUUCCAUUACCUUUAAAUCUCGGAUUGUUUUGGUGAAAAGUGCCACUGCUGAGGAUUUACUGACCGUACUCGUAUCCGUGUCCUGUGACCUCCCCGCUGUCCGGACUUCGUUUACAGGGUCCAACACGUUCCACGUUUCCCCCGCACACUGGAAUACACUUUCCAGAUGACUUCAUCGCUUUAUCAGCCCAAACAAAUCGUCCUCUCUCUGCUGCACGCGUUAUGACAUCACCGCUGAUUUGCAUAUCGUCACGGUGUGUUUUCCAGUGACGAUAAAAAUGGUAUUGAUCCAGCUCGUUCCACCAUAUCUAGAGUUUCAGGUCUCCAUCAUCAUCAUCAUCAUCAUCAUGUGACUUUAAUCUCUUGCCAAAUUUCCUUUUUGGUUUAUGUUCAGGGGCAUUUUGUGUUUUUAUUUGUUGUUGUUGUUGAUGUUUUUGUUGUUGUUUUUUUAUCCAUUUCUUGACUGUCUUUUCAUUUUUUGUUUUCUUUCUCAUUCUUUUAUUCAUUGUUUCUUUCUUUGUGUCGAUCAAAGUGAGGACAAGAAUUAAAACGAUGAGAAAAAAAGAGAAAAAAACCUCAAGGCAGCUACUUUGAGUGACUACUGUAAAAUGGCUAACUAAAAUAAAGACAAUGGGGUUUGUUUUUA